AUGAUACAAGGAGACCGUGAGCGUGCUUCUUUGAAUAAACCACGAAUUCUCGACGCACCCAGACCACCAAUCACCUCCACAAACUCCGAACCAUUCAUUGAGAUGAAUGGGACAGUGGAUUCCGCGGCGAGAGCCUUUGCGAGAAGAGUUUUACCACAUCCGGGCGGUCCGGUGAGGAGAGCGCCACGUGGCAGCUUGGCACCGAGUUUCUGA